AUGCCCACUACCCUCGCCGAUGUCCCCUACGACGUGGGACGCCACAUUUUCGCCAAGCUUGACGUGCCGUCAGUGUGUCGCCUUUAUAUCGCCUAUAAGCCGCUUGCCUAUGCUAAAGAGAUUGCCGACUACCUCAGUAAGUGUACGGUGAAGGUGUCGCCAGAAACCGUCAUUACUGCUGAUACCACCAAGAUCGAAUUUGCUGAGCUAGCUCAACUUCCCCCGAUGGAUAUUGUAGUGGAAUCUUCCGAGCCUUACUUGGAUAUCACUCUCUGGUGGUUACGAAAAAUACCAUUCAAACUGAUUGAAUUGUCGAUCUACGAACGCUAUCGCUAUAAGGGUCCGAUGACGGACCAGCCUGAUCUCACUUUCUUGGGUGCGGCGUUGACGAAAUUGAAGCUCAUUAAUUUUGUUGUUCAGGCGAAAAAGAUACCUACCGCCAUCAAGGAAAUUUCGUUGGUAGGGUGCUCCUUCAAGGAGACCCUUGAUCUUUGCCGCCAUACCGCCCUCUCUCGCUACCAUUGCCUAGGAUGCCAACACUCGGCUGUAAAGGUGAAAUUACCUUCCCUGAUCACAAUCCUUGACCAGUGUGACCAUGAGGGACAGCUUACAGAUGCAUCACGCUUACCAAACUUAAAACAUUUCGUGGGUAGGAGGGUCACCAACGUACCAUGGUCACAGCUUGAGGUGGUCAGAGCUAAUAACAUUCCUCGAAAUGAGACAUUAGCCCAGGUGAAGGAGUAUACGAGCUCUAGAUGGGUGACAUUACAUCGCCAGUGUCCCAAGUUAGAGCGGGCCAUAUUGUACGCAGAUCUAUUUCCAGAUGUUUCCCUGAUCUUCACCGAUCACCAGCAAGCUCAAUUGACCCACUUGAAAGCAGGGGCGCUUCAUCUCCGCGAUUUGAGCUUGUUCCAAAAUUUGAAAGCGUUGAACUGUGAAUUCAAUGACACCCUCACUGAAGAUUAUCCCUUACCACCAAAAUUGGUGGAACUCAUGGUGCGGAAAUGCCCGCUGGUCAAGGGCAUCCCUCCUCUGGUCGAAAAAUUCGUUUAUAUCGCCUCCCCACCUUAUGAGGCUGGGGAUCGGGUUUUCGUCGCUGAAUCAACUACACUCAAAUUAUUGCAAGUUGUGAGGGCAUCAAAAGUCACGAUUGACUGUCCUCAACUCACCUCCUUAUUUUUGGAAGAUAUGAUGAUUGAUCAUCCUGUUAGCGUCUAUGCCCCUAAGUUAGUGAGGUUGGUAUACGAAGGUGAACAACCAUUCCCCCUCGAGAAUGAUUUCCCAAACCUUGAAUAUCUCGUGCUAGAAAGGCUGCAACAAGAUGUAGUUUUGAAAAACCACUUGAAAUCCAUUGAGUUAAACCGGAUGAACCCAGAAAAGUUAUCAAUCUCAGCGGAUUAUGUGUCCUUGGAGAGGAUCGUAGUUCCUUAUGGGGCAAAUAUCAAUGCCACGGAGCUCAAGACUGACACAUCGCUUAGUCGCGUUCGUGAUUUGAGUUGUCGAGACUUGACAUGUCCAUGUAUCGACCGUCCUCCUUCCAUGGUUGAAAAAUUGACUUGCAGCUUCGCCAUCGGCAAAAAGAGACCACAUGGUGGGUAUUCUAUUGCCCCAGAUAUUCGCCAUUGUGAAAAUCUUCGAUACCUAUCAAUUAAAGGAGGAUCACGCCUUCUCCAAACAUUGCGGUGCCCCCCAUCACUAAGACAACUCAUCGUGAAAACGGGUGUAGACUUCGAGAUGUUGCAUAUUGAGACCACAAACCCGCUUGAAUACUUUGAGUGUGAUUAUAAGGACACUAUAUCAGAGGAGUCUUUCACGUUCAAUCAGAAACCCGCUUCGAUUAACUUCAGCGUAACGGAGGAGCCUUGA